ACGUGAGUAACUCAUUUCUCUCUCUGUCUGUAUAUUGGAUUCUGGAAUUAUUCAAAAUCUGCGCUUCAUGUAAAGGCUAAACGUCGGAUAAAUCAUAGUUAAUACAAUUCAGUCAUUGGCGCAUGACAUUAAAAUAAUUGUAAGUGUAUUGAAACAAUGAACUGGAAGAAAUGCGCUGCAACCAAAACAGUGAGAGGAGAUACGUCUCAAAUUUAAAUUCAAAAAGUUUCGAUCAAAACACUAUGAAAAUUAUGAUAAAACAAUUGAAAUUACAAGUAAUAUUUCCUGUGAGCAAGAAGACAUUGUAAAGAAAAUUAAAUAAGUGUCAUAAACGUUUACUCAUCAACCAAAAAUUUGCUUUCUCAUGAGCUGAAUGGUACAGAAAAAAGAAGGUCCUUUUGAUUGGAAAAUACAAUGACAAUAUCUGCUGCCUCAUGUAAAAUUUCAUUCAUAAAUUUGUGGCAGAAGUUGUAGACAAUUUUUCCGGCAACUGAUAACAGCAAAUUUUUUAUAAAACACGAUUUCAAAAGACUUUAGUAUGCUUUAUGAAAGUAUAGUAAUGAAGUCCUACAGUAAUCCAUUUUCAGAUAAAAGCAAUUUCAGAUGAAAUUUAUGCUCUUUAGACUGAGAAACUAUAUGUCAGCGAGAUGUAAAGUGGAGCAUUUUCUCUGCAGCAAUAUUUACAGCCACUUUUACUGAUGUGCACAAACGAGAAACAGUAUUCUUGCGAUACAUGUUCUAUGACAUUUUUUGGAAUGAGCAAUUUAAGGAAGCAUUUACUAACGCAUACGGAAGUGAAACCAUAUCGCUGCGAGAUAUGCAAUAAUGCGUUUUCACGUAACGCCGACUUAAAGAGUCAUUUACUGAUACAUACGAAACAGAAAUUGUAUCCUUGCGAGAUUUGCAAUAAAGCAUUCUCUCGAAUGGCCAGCUUAAAGAGACAUUUACUGAUACAUACAGGUGAGAAACCGUUUCCUUGUGAGAUUUGCAAUAACGCGUUUUUUCGAAAGGAGGACUUAAAGACACAUUUACUGAAACAUACGAAAGAGAAACCGUAUGCCUGCGAGAUUUGUAAUAAAGCGUUUUUUCUGAGUGUAAAUUUAAGGAAACAUUUACUAAUAAAUACGGGAGAGAAACCAUAUGUAUGUAGUAUUUGCAGUAAAGCGUUUUCUCAGAAAUAUUAUUUAGAGAAUCAUUUACAAACACAUACAGGAGAGAAACCAUAUCGCUGCGAGAUGUGCAACGAAGCGUUUUCUCGAAAAAGCAACUUAAAAAGACAUUUAUUGAUGCACACGAAAGAGAAACUGUAUAAUUGCGAGAUUUGCAAUAAGACGUUUUCGCGGAAGGCUCAUUUAAAGACACAUUUACUAACACAUACGGGAGAGAAACCGUAUGUGUGUGAUUUGUGCAGUAAAGCGUUUUCUAGAAAGUUCAAUUUAAACAAACAUUUAAGGACUCAUACUAAAGAAAAACCGCAUGCUUGUGAUUUAUGAAAUUGCGUGUAUUCUCUAUAGGAAAGUUAGAGGAAAAAAACAUUUAUUGACUAAUGCGAAAGAAAAGCCUUUUGAAGAAGUAACAUUGAAAGUAUAAUUUUUUGAAAUUUGUAAAAUAACUUGAACUGAUUCUUUUUAUUCAUAUGGAAGAGAAAACUCAUUCUUGAUCCUAAACAAUGAAGUAUUUUUUGAGCAAAGGAAUUAAAAAAAUGCUGAAAAAUCAAGUAAAAAAAAUCAUGCUUUUAUGAUUUAUGUAAUAGAUAAUGAGUUGAGCAUGUGUACACACGUGACAUGUUAAUGAAAACAUUUUCUUAAGAAUCUGUUUAAAAAACCAUUUUUCGAUAGAUACGAAAGAGAAGCCAUAAAAUUGUGACUUGUAUUAAAGUAUUGUCUGCGAAAAGAAAAGAAAUGACCUAUUAGGAAGAGGAAUCAUAUGAGUUUUUUCCCUCUCUUUUCUGAAGAAGGAUUUGAAGAGUGCAUUUUACUGCAAUACUGUAAGAAGAAGUUACGUAUUUGUGAAUUCAGCAGUAAGAUAAUAUGACUUUCCUAUACAGGACAUUUCCGUACCGGUCAUGAAACUAUCAGAUGUAACUCUUAUCAGUGACCGAAACAACCCGAUUUCCCGAUUACGAUAUUUUAAAUGUUGUCUACAAGCCUGAAAUUUGACAUUUUUAUUACAUUUUUGGAUAUUUAAUGACAUGGCUUUUAAUAGAGUCUGAAUAUUUUCCACAAUGUGUUUUAUGACGGAUGAAUUAUAUUUUUAGUAAAUUUAUCCAAAAAUGUAUGAAAAUAAAAUCAAGAAUAAAUAUUUUUAUCAUAAGAAAUUAUACCUCUCUUGAAACAGUAAUCGCAUCUUCUGUAUUUUGGAUAACUAAUAUCAGAACUAACAAUUUGUUACAUGAAUGUAAUAUAACUUUUAUUAAUCGGAAGCUACUUAGUUUGGCCACAUUUCUUCUUAACUCAUUUGUUUAAUUCAAUACCUACGAACACAAAAAUAAAUUAUGUUUUGUUAUAGUCACUUAAAAAAAGAUUCUUUCUUAAGUUUCAUUUAUAUUUAAGUCAGGUUAAGGGUGUUGAAAUGGCUUGUGAGGAAAUGAUAAUUGUUAAAGGAAUAUUUUUGAAACACCAUAAAUACCUUAGAGUUAGUCCAAAUUACCGAAAGCAUACUUUUAUCAGGUGGCGUGUUAUAUCAACAUCAAAACUACUCUUUUAGGUAUAAAUUAUUUAUCGGUUAUAUAACUUCUCAUUUUGUAUAUAAAAUGUAGUAAUCAUCUAGGCAUUGCAAUCUGCUUAGCGGCUAGUAUAAAAUCCGGUAAUAUAAAUUAAGCCUCCUCUAACGUCUCUAAAAAACUACACUGCUUUCAAACACAUCUUCAUUACAUUGACAUAUAAGUUUGCUGUUUAAAUAGUAUUUUAAUUGAAAUAUAUCCUAAUUUUAGGUACAUGUAUUUGAUAAAAUUUUGAUUAUCUAUUUAAAAAUAAAAAUUAUUGUUAAAAGUAUGUAUUUCAAUAUAAUAAGUUUUA